GUUUUAUAAAUGGUAAGUCUGAAAUCUCUAGAUUAUUGCAUAUUGCCUGUUCUACAUCUAGCCAAGGCUCAUCUAAGGGGGUAUGACAUGAACGGAAGCCUGUUGGCUAAGAAGUAGUGUUGAAAGUUAGGCAGAUCUAGUCCUCCUUUAAAUUUGGUCCUGAACGCGGGGGUUUGUCUUUCCAAAGGAAGAAAUAUAUGAAUUCAGAGAUCUGAACCAAUCUUGUGAUGGUUCGUUCGGGGUCAUUGAAAAUAAAUAGUUUAUUUUUGGCAAGACCAUAAUUUUUAUAGCAGUGCUCCUUCCCAUGAGUGAUAUGGGUAGAGAUUAACAUCUAGCCAGAUCACCUUCUACUUUCUUUAGAAGUGGGAUGUGGUUUAACUUUAUUAAAUCUGCAAGCUUAGGAGAGAUAUUAAUACCUAAGUAUUUAAUAUUUCCAGGUUGAAGUGGGGUAGAAGAAGAAUUAUGGAAGGAGCAAUAAAUUGGAAGAACUGUAGAUUUUGACCAGUAAAUUGAAUAAUCUGAAACUCUUGUGUUUGCCUCUGUGUCAGACUGUGAGAACACAGCUCUGUUAUUGACGCUGGUGUCCCACCAGUUUAAUAUCUGUACAACUACACGGUGCAAAAUAUUCAUUUAGUCAGUGCUUUGUUAUUGGUGAUCAGUUCAAAUGACUUAAAGCAACAUGAGCUUUUUUUAGUGCUACCAUGGCAAUUUAGUUAUAAACUGUUAGGAUUACUGUGACUGGCUAGGCCAUCACUGGUAUAAUGAAAGCAUAAAAAACCGUUAAAUGGCUACAAAUAGAUUUGAAAGCAUCAGUAUGUGCUCUCUCACCUACCACAGCAACAGCUCUGCUUCUCUGAAAACUAUUUUCACAUAGUUGUUUUACAAAGGUCAUACAGGAAGCAUCUAUUGGUUGGUCUCCGGCAAGACAUCAUGGAGGUCAGAGCUCUGUGCAUCAGACUGUUGAUGACUGUGCUGAUUCUGCUGUGUGCACAUGCUCAGAAAGUUGAUGCAGUUUAUCUUCAUAUUGUUCCAAACAAAUCCCAGUUUUUUGAAUAUGAGUCAGUUAGUUUUUACUGUGAGGAGCCUUCUCAUGGAGAUGUGUUAUAUAAGAUGACAGAGGAAGCAAAGCAAUGCAACAAAACCAGUGGGAAAACAACAGUAACGACAACAGGCUCAAAGUGCACCAUUCAUCCUCUUUAUGCACGUGACAGUGGAGAAUACUGGUGUGGGACAGCAGGAGGGAAGAGAAGCAAGAAUAUCGGCAUUACUGUCACUGCUGGUUCUGUGAUCCUGGAGAGUCCUGCUGUUCCUGUGAUGGAGGGAGAUGCUGUGACGCUGCGCUGCAGAAACAAGAUCCUUUCCUCCAGCAUCGCAGCUGAUUUCUACAAAUAUGGGCGUCACAUAGGGAGCAGCUCAAGAGGAAACUUGACCAUCAACAGAGUUUCCAAGUCUGAUGAAGGACUUUACAAGUGCAAAAUCUCAGGAGGUGGAGAAUCACCAGAGAGCUGGCUGUCUGUCUCUGCGCCACGUCUCACAGAUAUAAAUCCAACAACUAAUCUAGAUGGUUGCAAAGAGAAGUGCCACUAUGCAGAUUCAACACCUUGGAUCAUUGCAACUAUUUUACUGAGUACUCUGGUUGUGGUGGUGGGACUCUAUCUUAUCGGCAAAGAUAUGUACAGAGGCUCAAAAAGGGAUCAAAUGGGACAGAACACAGAACACAAUGAAGUUGAAUUGUGUCCUGAUCCAGUUUAUCAUUCUUUGGGCCAGGGUGACACUCAACCUCUAGAAACAGCAAAACCCACUGUUGAUUCACCAGCUAUCUGCCAACCUGUGGCAGAGGAUACUUGCUAUUCUACAAUAAUAAUAAAAAAAAAAACAUGCUCAUCAAUGAGUGAGACUGAAAACAAGUAACAAGUUACUCAGAAUUAUCCGGUAUUGUAUAUCAUGCAUUAUUUUGCAGUCAGUUAAAACUGUGUAUUCUCAAGUUCUUUCUGUAUUGCAGGUCUGUGUAUAAUGAUACAUAAACAAUCGACAAUUAUUAUAAAUGAGAGAACAAAUUUACUUCAGAUUUGAUGUUAAUUCACUAAAUAGUGUUAAUUCACUAAUUAAAUGUAAGUAAUUUGAAUUCCAAAUGUUAAAGUUGAUCACAUGCUCAAUUAUCUGCAUGUCAUUUUUUCUAGCUUUCUUUCU